AUGGGAAAACCAAAGGUGUCAUCCAAGAAGGAUUCCAAGAAGGAGUCCAAGAAGUCUGUUGUUGCUGCCACCGACAAGGUGUCCAAGGCUAGCAAGAAGGACGAUAAGAAGAAGAUCAAGGCUGCUGCCAUCAAGGCUGCUGAGCAGGCCAAGAAGGAGGAAUCUAGCGACUCGUCUUCUGAGUCUGACUCUUCCUCCGACUCUGACUCUUCCGAGUCUUCAUCUGACUCCGAGUCCGAUACCGAGAGCCAAGUUGAAGAGGACAAGAAAGACUCUUCUGACUCGUCUGACUCUUCUGAUUCUUCCGAUUCCGACUCUUCUGAUGAUGAGGAAUCAAAGGAUGUUGAGAUGAAGGAUGUGAAGGCUGCCAGUGACUCUGAUUCUUCCGACUCUUCUGAUUCUGACUCUGACUCUUCUGAUGAGGAGGAGACCAAGGAGGAAGAGAAGAAGGCUAAGAGCGACUCUGACUCCUCUGAUUCAUCCGACUCGUCAGACUCCGACUCAUCUGACUCUGACAGUGAUUCUGACUCCGAGGAGGAGAAGAAGGACACCAAGAAGGAGAGCAAGAAGGACUCGUCUGAUUCCGAUUCCUCUUCCGACUCUGACUCGGACUCUUCCGACUCUGAUUCUGACUCGGAUUCCGAUUCCUCGUCUGACUCUGAGGCCCCCAAGAAGCGCAAGGCUGAGGACUCCGAGGAGGCUGAGACCCCAAAGAAGGCCAAGGCCGGUGAGCCAGCUACCCUGUUUGUUGGAAGACUGGCAUGGGCCGUUGACGAUGAAUGGCUCAAGAGCGAGUUCGAGACAAUUGGAGGUGUCGUUGGAGCUCGUGUCAUUUUCGACAGAGCCAGUGGAAAGUCCCGUGGAUACGGAUAUGUUGACUUCGAGGACAAGUCCUACGCCGAAAAGGCCCUUAAGGAGUUCCAAGGAAAGGAGAUCGAUGGAAGACCAAUUAACUUGGACCUUUCCACCAGCAAACCACAGGCCGCCUCAGCCCAGAACAGGUCUCAGGACAGAGCUAAACAGUAUGGCGAUGCCCCUUCUGCUCCUUCCGACACUCUUUUCUUGGGUAACUUGUCAUUCCAGGCCAACAGAGAUAGCAUCUGGGAGUUGUUUGCUGCCCACGGAAACGUUGUGAGCGUGAGAUUGCCUACCCACCCAGAAACCGAACAGCCCAAGGGAUUUGGUUAUGUCCAAUAUGGAUCCAUUGACGAAGCCACUGCCGCUUUCACCGCUCUGCAAGGCGAGUACAUCGAGGGCAGACCUGUCAGACUUGACUACUCUGCUCCAAGAGAUAACAAUGGUGGAAGUCGUCAAGGGACUCCAAGACCUGGUAACAACAGAGGGUCUCCAGCUCCAAGAGGAGGAUUCAGAGGUGGUAAUGGUGGUAACGGUGGCUUCAGACAGCAAGGAACCGGUGCCAACAGCUCUCCAUUGACGCUCAACGCUGCAUUCCAGGGAACCAAGAAAACUUUUGAUUAA